AUGUCUCCCAACCGCUCCGACUACCAGCCCCUCGCUCAGAGUGUCGAGGACGGGCAAGAGCAAGAGGCCGACGUCGGCGAAGGCCUCUCCCCUGUGCCCAUCCCGCAGCCAUCACCGCGCGUGCGCCGUCCAGGGAACAUUGACCUGAGCAAGCUAGACACGGCCUUUAAGAGGUGGACGGAGAGCAUUGCGCAGAAGGUGAAGCGCAAGAAGAAGGUUGAGGACAAUUCACGCAAGGAGAUAUGGCACAGCGUCUUUGAACCCCAGAUCAUAGUCCCGAAUUUUGACGUCCUUCCACUCAAGACCUUAGAUCACAAACCGCCCAUGACGAAGGAGGACUUUGACAGACUGGUAGAAGCUGUCAAGGAGUCCAUUGCAGAGGGUAUCCAUCCCAAGAUGAUCACCAAGGGCUCAUCCGGGUCCUAUUUUGCGCGUGCUAAGGUCGACGAACGCGUACAGACUGUGGCAGUGUUCAAGCCGAAAGACGAGGAGCCGUACGGACGACUAAACCCCAAGACCACGAAGUGGUUGCAUAGGCAGUUCAAAUGGAUUAUACCCUUCGGGCGCGCAUGUCUCAUCCCGAAUCUGAGCUACAUCUCAGAAGCUGCUGCAUCGUUACUGGACGAGCGACUGGAGUUGCAUAUUGUCCCGAGGACCGAGCUGGUGUCGCUCUCGAGUCCGGCCUUCUUCUACGACUGGCUCGAUAGGCAAGCUGCUAAGAAAGGCAAGCCUCUACCCGAAAAGAUUGGCAAUGCAUCGGACUUCCUCCGCAAGCACCCAUGGCCGGGCCGGGCCAUCUCUGAUACGUUCGACGAUUCCAAUCAUCGACAAGGCAGCUUUUCAAAGAAGUGCUUGUCAACAAUGAAGAUCAUCUGCGGGAAGACGGGUGGUGAAGAAGACUUCUACGACGAUGAUGAUCAGGAGGAUGAACGGCUGCUAUUUGAUGCGACGGAAAGCCGAACGGGGCAGCCGUUCUACUGGACACCUGCGCUACAGGACAAUUUCCGUGAGGAGCUUGAGAAGCUGGUCAUACUUGACUAUUUGAUGCUUAACACGGACCGCGGCGCGGACAACUACAUGAUCAAGCACUGCGACUGUGACCCGGGCAAGUCAUUUGUGAACGAGGCGCCUUCGCGCAUCUUGCGCCUCGAGAUGCCGAUGAUGACUGAGUUGCGCCGGACCGAGUCCGCGACGAGCACGCCGAGUAUGGGGCCAUCGUCAUCGACGAUGUACUCGCAGCCGGCACACUCGAAUCCGCAUCUGCCAUAUACGCGGCAGCCGCACAUCCACAUCGCGGCUAUCGACAACUCGCUUUCAUUCCCUCAUGAGCACCCACGCGGUUGGCGGUCAUAUACGUACGGGUGGUUGUACCUGCCUGUGAGCAUCAUCGGGCGGCCGUUCAGCCAGAAGACAAGGGACCACUUCUUGCCCUUGCUCACGUCCAAGGCGUGGUGGACUGAGACGACGUACCAGCUCAGGAAGCUGUUCGCAGUCGAUCCGGAUUUUCAUCCGAAGAUGUUCCGUCGGCAACUGGCCGUCGUCAAAGGCCAGGGUUGGAACAUAGUUCAGUCGCUCAAACAUGCGGACGAGGGCCCGCUGGAACUGACGCGGAGGCAGAAAGUCCUUGUAUGGGACGACGAAGUCGAAAUGACAGACGACAUGCUCCCCGAUCUAGCGAAGGGCCCGCCCGGCACGCCCAUGCGACCGGCCGCAUCACCACACCUCUCCGUCAACACCGUCCCUCUACCGCGGCGGUCACGAAGCCACAGCGCGUCCGACUUCCCGCCCCCCAUGCGCCGUGUCUCCUCCGAGUUCUCCUCGCGGCCGGUCCCGUUCUCGAGCAAGUUUACGCGCGUGCACCCUGCGACGACGGGCGUCACUGUGCUCGAGCACAUGGAACGUCUGGACGCGGUGGAGGCGGGGUUGAAGCGACUGGUGGUCGAGGAGAGCGUGCUGGAAGAUGAGGAGGAGGUAGAUGUCGGUGAAGCGGCCGCGUCGACGUCUACAUCCGCUCCUGCGGCAAUGCUGGCUGAUCGGGCGCAUGAAGAAGAGCUGUCCCCAUCGGCGAGGUCGGACCAUCUCCCAGUUGUGCCAGAGGAUGGGUUGGCGACGUCUAUGUCGGAGGAGGAUCUCAUUGCGAUGUCCAAAUCGAUGUCGCACUUGGAGCUUGCGGCGUCGGCGAAACAUGCGCGCUGGCCGAGUGCGGGGACGCCUCAUGCAAGUAGACCCAGCUUGGAUUGGAUGCAUGCUGAGCCUGAGAGCCCGAAACCGCAAUCGGUGAUUGUCGAACGAAUAGAGACGGUCGAUACAAAACCGUUCUUCUCGUGUUGCUGA